AUGACACAGAUAAUAACUGCUGGGAAGCCCGUAGGGGAUCCUCUCCAUCUCGGAUUUAGUGCAGCCUAUUGGAAGGAAGGAAAUUAUUACAGGAAGGAGUGCGAUGGAACGUGGGGAAUGGUGAAGCAAUUAACUUUUGGGAGGAUAAGUGGAUCCAUAAUCUGUAUCUCCAAGGCGAAAGACAAGCGAAUUUGGAAGUUCAACAAAUCUGGAAAGUAUUAUGUGAAGUUGGGAAAUCACCAAGGGAUAAAAAAGGUUGCACUUUCUAAGCCCUCUCAAGCAUCCACUUCUUACUCUCCACCCAAAUCUUUGUGGAACAAACUCUGGGAUGUUCCUACUGCCCCUAAAAUCUGCCACUUUAUGUGGAAGGUGGUCAAGAAUUGGGUGGCUAGCAAGGCCAAUCUUUUCAAGCGUAAAUGCUCCCCAUCCCCUACUUGUUUGUUAUGCAAUUCUGAGAAGGAAUCCAUUGAGCAUAUUCUCUUUCACUGCCCAUGGACGAGAGCAGUUUGGUUUGGAUGUGGCAAGGCUUUUUGGAUUUUGGACUCACCCAUUCACUCGGCUGAUAAAUGGAUGGAGGAUCUUCUGUGUGGUUACCUGGCUAAAGAAACCCUUCCUGAGGAAGCAGCUGCAAUCUUUCAGAUUUUUUGGGCCAUUUGGAAAGCUAGGAACUCCUUCGUUUUCUCGGGUAAGCUUCCUAAUCCUGUCGAUAUAAUUGAGAAAGCUAGGAUGGCUAAUUGUGAUUACCUAUCUGCUCUUUUCAAAAAGCCAGUGGAGAAAAUCCCUAAACCUGCUAGAGAUGUUAUUUGGUCCCCUCCCCAUCCUUCUAUUAUUAAAUUUAACUGUGACGGAGCAUUCAAUUCCUCCCGCAGCCUAGCUGCCUUUGGCGGGCCUAUGGAUCAAAAUCAGGGUACUGGGCCAGUGGUCUGCUCGGAGCGUUACAGUAAUCGUGAGAGAUAG